GUAAGUAUUUAUUUAUCUCAAUUUUAACUAUGUAUAACUUAUCAGCCAUGAAUGGCAGUAGCUCAUCUAUUUCCCUAGAAAUGGAGAAUAUUUACAUCAAAGAAGAGCCAGCAGACAAGCAGGAGAUACCAGUAAUAUCUGUAAAGGAGGAGGCAAUAUCUGUAAAAGAAGAGAGCUUUAUUGUGAAAGAGGAACCAAUUGAAGUUGAUGGAAAUGAGGUUCCCUCAGCUGCUUUUGAGAGCCAUCAAAAUAAUUAUUCAUCAUUCAUGCCAUGCAAGAAGGAAGAUCCUUGCAACGGUCUUGAUGCAGACUGUACUGGCCAAUCACUCCUGGUCAUCUCAGAUGUGCCGGGUGAUGUGAAGCCAGCUGUCUCCAUAUUUUAUGACCAUUCUGCAACUACAGAGCAGUUUGAUGCUACGUUGAAUAUGGUUAAGAGUAUCACCAUAACUGAGUUGUCUGUUGCCUCAUGCUCAAGAUCUGAUACUGCUCAGUUUGGAACAAUCCAAAAUCAGCUGAAAGAAGUGCCAAAUAAGCAAAAGCAAAGUAAAAAACCACAAAAGCCACACUCAUUUUGUCAGAAGAAAAUUCACAAAUUACCUAGCCACAGAAUGACAGUCCAUCGUAAUAAAACAGAAGUAUUGAAAAUUAAAAAUAAUUCUCACAAAGAGAAGAUCCGGCAUUUGACUUUACAAAGGAAACUAGGCAUUCUGCAGUAUAACAGAAAAAUGGCAUUUAUUGGUCAUGGAAAGUUCUUCCACCAAAGGUUUUCUUCUGAUAAGAGUAAACUUGUCCUCUGUAGGAUGUGUAAGGGAUAUGUUAACAGAAAAAUUAUCUCUAGACACAAGUGCUCUGUUAUAGUAAGCAAGCCUCAAAGAAAAAUGGAUAAGUCAUUGUCUGCAGACUUUUCCAGGAGGAUACUAAAUAAAAGUAAGGAUGAUGAAGUAGGAGCGAUGUCAAAAGCUGACAAAAUUAUUCUCUCCCUUGGGCUGGAGUACUUCAAAAAGAUCCCUACUAGAGUAAAACAAAAUUGCUCCAAGGUCCGGGCUUACAUGCGAAAUCUGUCGAGAAUAACAAUUGAGGCAAAACGCCUUGCUGAGUGUAAAGGUGAAUUGUUGGAAACGGAAGGUAUUUUUGACAAAACAAAUCUUGGUGUCAUUGAACAUGCAAUUAAUAAUUUAGCUUUAAAAGAUGGAAAUGUGAAGCACGGAAUAAAAGCAAGUUUAGGAUAUGACUUUCAACGUGCAAUCCAUGACCGUCUAGGACUGUAUGUCAAGGAAAAUAAUGAGACAAAGUGCAUUCAGCUUCAAGAAUUGCUGAAAAGCUGGAAAAUUUUGUUGAAAACUAUUUUCAAGAACUCUAAAUCUGCACUUAGGAAGAAGCAUUCUGAAGUUUUCAGUAUACCAAAAAGUGUUAUUGAUCAAGAAAUGUCACAGAAAUUGCAAAAUUUUGAUAAUGAACCAAUUUCCUCAACUCAGAAGAAUGGAUUCUCACUGGAUAAAUUCAGAGAAGUUGAAGGCUAUGCAAAGAAGGUGGAAAAAAUUCCAGACAUGUCAACAACUGCUCGGAGAUCCACUCGUUAUUCUCUGAAAAUGGCUGCCUUCCAAAGUCCUUCUGACUUCUCUAACUUUGAACCAUCUGAGGUCAACAGCACUAAUGCUAAAUUUGGACCUGAAUCUGAGAACCCAACCUUGACAACUAUUAGCAACUCUCCUGCAACUACAAAUCACUUAGAGGCUGCAUUGAACAUGGGCAACAAUACCUCAAGAGUAAAAACAUCUGACACAUACGGCUCAGGAUCUGAUGCUGAAAAUAGUAAUAAUGAGCAGUUGGGUAAGAGGGUAGUGCAAAAAGGUAAAUGUGCAAGACCAUGCCCAUUUUGCGAAAAAAUGGUUUACAAAUUACCUAGGCAUCUGAUGAGAGUCCAUCGUGAUAAGCCAGAAAUUUUAAAAUUGAAGAGUUAUUCCAAUGAUGAGAAGUUCCAGCAUUUGACUGCACUAAGGAGACUAGGUAUUUUUCAGUAUAAUAAAAAGAUGGCUUUGGUUGGUAGUAACAACUUCUUAUGUGAGCAAUCUUUCACUGACACCAGUAAACUUGUUUUGUGCAUUACAUGCAAGGGUUUUUUCAACAGAGCAUAUUUCUCUAGGCACAAGUGCACUGGUGAAGUGCCCAAACCUCAAAAUGUAAAGAUUUUAACAAGCAUGAAUGGAUCCCUAUCUGCAGGAUUUUCCAAGUCUAUAGUAAACGGCAUUCGGGAUGACAAAAUAGGCGUUGUGGCUAAAAGUGACAGAACAAUUCUCUCCCUUGGACAGGAGUACUACAAAGAGCACUAUGUGCAUGAUGAAAAUAUCAAUUCUUGCCAAAUGAUCAGGUCUUACAUGAGAAAUUUGGCAAAAAUAACCAUUGAAACAAAGCGCCUUGCUGAGUCCAAAUGUGAAUACCUUGAAACUGAAGAUAUUUUCAGAAAGAACAAUCUUGGUGUCAUUUUGUGUGCAAUAAAUAAUUUAGUCACCAAAGAUGGCAAUGUGAGCCAUGGAAUGAAAGCCAGCCUAAGGUAUGACUUUCAACGUGCAAUCCAGGACCUUUCAGGGUUGUAUUUUAUGUCCAAUGAUCAGGAAAAGUGUGCUGAGCUGACAGAAUUGCAAAAAUCCUGGAAAGUGCAUUGGAGAACAUCCUCCAUGAUCUCUGAGGACCCACUGAAAAAGAAGAGCUUAGGAGCUCUCAGCAGCUGCAAGAAUCUCAUUUCUAAGGAAACUUUACAGAAACUGCAAAAUUUUGCCAAUGAACAAAUUCAGAAGCAUCAGCAAUGUGGAUUUCCUCCUGAAAAAUUUCUUGAGGUCAGAAAUGCUGUUUUCACUUGCCUCGUGCUCCAUAAUGCUAAACGUGCAAAUAAAAUUAGUAGCUUGAAAGUCUCAGACGUUGAGGAUGCCUUGAGUGGAGAACGUCUACAAGAUGAUGACUCUAAAAGACAUUUUGUCUGUCGCAUUCUGAGCAAGAAGACAUCGAAAUGGCUCCGUAUUCUAGUCCCCAUUGAACUUCAAGAAUCUAUUAGCUUCCUGAUUAACAAGGAUAAAAGGAAGAUGGCCGGGAUUUGCGAAGAUAAUUUCUUUUGCUUUCCAUCACUGCACAACUCUUCCAAACAUGUUAAAGGAACUAACAUCCUGAUCAAAAUGUCUUCAAUUGCUGGAACCAAGGUUACUAUCUCCCAAAUUCGUCGCUUCCUGUCUCCAGCUGCUGCCAAUAAAGCUUCGGAAAAUGUAUCUGAAGAGAGUCCAGUAUCAUCUAAUAACAAUGAAGGGGCUCAGAUUUCUGAAGCUGUUGGUGGGAACACAGAUUGUUACCCUGAACCUGCAAGCCAGGCAAAGGAGAUGAAAGAACUUCUAGAAACAUCAACUGCAGGGAGGUUUAUACGAAAUGCUCCAGAAAUUACUGCACAACAAAGCACAACCAUUUUCCCCAACCAUGAAUCAUCGGGAGUCAUCAAUGAGGAUAAAUCUGGUCAAAAAUCUGAGGCUUGUUUAUGUAGGCCUCCUGGCCCUGCCUGCAGUGGCCAGCAAGCUCCACCUACUCCACCUUGUGUGUCAUGUGGGAUGGGGAAUAAUAUUGAAGCUCCUGUUGAGACUCUAAUUGAGGCUCCAGUUGAUGCGCAAAAUGAGGUUCUGGAUGAAGCACAAGUUGCAGCUUAUGAUGCACACCCGCCUGAUCACCUACCGUUUUCUGCAAAAUUAUCUGACAGGCCUGAAGAAGCGAGCCCCACCUCUACCACUAUUAAUGACUUGGAUGCGACUACAAAUAAUUCAAGUGCUGCGUUGAGCUCAGUCAAGAAUACUGCAAGGUCUAUGUCAUCUAACACCCAUUGCCCAGAAUCCAAUGCUGAUAGUAGUGAUGGUGAGCAGUUAGGUAAGGGGGAAGUGUCAAACAAACUAAACCAAUAUAAAAGUCCUCGAAGGCCCUGUCCAUUUUGUCAGAAAAUGAUUUACCAAUUGCCUAGGCAUCUGAUGAAGGUGCAUUGCAGUGAACCAGAAGUUUUCAAAAUGAAAACUUGCUCUCAAAAAGAGAAGAUACAGCAUUUGACUGCACUGAGGAAACUAGGUAUCUACCAGCAUAAUAAAAAAAUGGCUUUGCUUGGUAGUGAAAACUUAUUAAGUCAACAGUCUCUUUCUGCUGGAAAUAAACUUGUUCUCUGCUUGACCUGCAAGGGGUUCUUUGGCAGAAAAUUUUUCUUUCGACACAAGUGCAUUGGUGUAGUACCCAAACCUCAAGAGGUUGCAAUUUUAACUUGUAUGGAUGAGUCCCUUUCUGCAGAAUUUUUCAAGAAUAUAGUAAACGACAUUCGGGCCGACAAAGUAGGUCGGGUGGCUAAAAGUGACAAAAUUAUUUUCUCCCUUGGAUUGGAGUAUUACAAAUGGCAUUAUGCACGAGAAAAAACAAAUGAAUCUGGCACAAAGAUCAGGGUAUACAUGAGAAAUUUAUCUAAAAUUAUCAUUGAAGCAAAGCGCAUUGCUUAUUCCAAAGGUGAACUUCUUGAGACUGAAGAUAUUUUCAAAGAAGAAAAUUUUGACGUCAUUGUGUGUGCAAUAAAUAAUUUAGUUACAAACGAUGGCAAUGUGACACACAACAUGAAAAUCUUCUUAGGGUAUGACUUUCAACAUGCAAUCCAGGAUCUCCUCGCGUUGUAUGCUGAAACUGGUGAUAAAGCAAAGUGCACUGAGCUGCAAAAGCUACAAAAAUGCUGGAAAAUGCAUUGGAAAACUACUUUCAAGAGCUCACAGCUUGCACUUAAAAGGAAGCAAUCUGAAGCUCUCAGCAGCCCCAAGAAUCUCAUUACUAAAGAAACUUUACAGAAAAUGCAAAAUUUUGCCACUGAACAAAUUCAGAAGCAUCAGCAAUGUGGAUUUCCCCCUGAAAAUUUUGUUGAGAUCAGAAAUGCUGUUUACUCUUGCCUCGUGCUCCAUAAUGCUAAAUGUGCAAAUAAAAUCAGUAGCUUGAAAGUCUCAGAUGUUGAGGAUGUCUUGAGUGGAGAAAGUCUACAAGAUGAUGACUCUAAAAGACAUUUUGUCUGUCGCAUUCUGGGCAAGAAGACAUCAAAUUUGAUCAGUAUUCUAGUCCCCAUUGAACUCCAAGAAUCUAUUAGCUUCCUGAUCAACAAGGAUAAAAGAAAGAUGGCCGGGAUUUGCGAAGAUAAUUUCUUUUGCUUUCCAUCACUGCACAACUCUUCCAAACAUGUUCAAGGAACUAACAUCCUGAUCAAAAUGUCUUCAAUUGCUGGAACCAAGGUUACUAUCUCCCAAAUUCAUCGCUUCCUGUCUCCAGCAGCUGCUAAUAAAGCUUUUGAAAAUGCCUGUGAAGAGAGCCAAGGAUCAUCUAAAAACACUGGCGGGUGCCUGAUUUCAGAAGCAGUUGCCGAGAACUCCGAUCCUUGCCCUGAACCUGAAAGCCAUACAAUGGAGAUGGAAGAAAUUCCAGAGCCAACAUCAGCUGCCAGGAGUUCUUCCAUCGUCCCCAGCCACGAAUCAUCAGGAGUCUUCAGUGAAGAUGAAUCCGGGCCAAAAUCUGAGGCUUCUUUGCAUUGGCCUCAAGGCCUCGACUGUGGUGGCCAGCAAGCCUCACCUCCCUCACCUUGUGUACUGCAUCAAAUGGAGACUCAAGUUGAGGCUCAAGCUGAGAUUUCAGUUGAGGCUCAAGCUGAGACUUUAGUUGAGGCUCAAGCUGAGAUUUCAGUUGGAGCUCAAGCUGAGAUUUCAGUUGAAGCUCAAGCUGAGACUCGAGUUGAGGCUCAAGCUGAGACUUCAGUUGAGGCUCAAGCUGAGAUUUCAGUUGACGAAGCUGAGAUUUCAGUUGAGCGACAGAUUCAGGCUCCAGUUGAGCAAGUCAAGGCUCCUAAUGCUCCUGCGCCUCCUCGACCAAUCUCCUCCAAAUAUACUGGCCCAGUAGAAGUGAACCCAGCCUCGAUCACUGACAAUGACUCUUGUGCAACUACAAAUCAGUCCAGUGCUGCAUUGAGCCCCGUCAAAAAUAUCUCAAAAAUGGAGCCAUCUGACACUCAUUGCUCAGGAUCUGAUACUGAACCAGAAGUUUCAAAAAUGGCUUUGCUUAGUACUGAAGACUUCCUAAGUAAACAAGCUUCUUCUGAUGGAAGUAAACCUGCUCUCUGCACGACCUGCAAGAGGUUCUUUAGCAGAAAAUCUUUAUCUAUACACGAGUGCACUGGUGAAGUGCAGCAACCUCAAAACAUUGCAAUUUUAACUAGUACCGAUGAUUCACUGUCUACAGAAUUUUCCGAGAAUAUAGUAAAUAAAAUUCGGGAUGAUGAAGUUGGCGUGGUGGCUAAGAGUGACGAAUUAAUUUUCACCCUUGGAUUGGAAUAUUACAAAUGGCACUAUGCGCAAGAAACAGCAAAUGAAUCUGGCACAAAGAUCAGGUUAUACAUGAGAAAUUUAUCUAAAGUUAUCAUGGAAGCAAAGCGCAUUGCUUAUUCCAAAGGUGAACAUCUUGAGACUGAAGAUAUUUUCAAAGAAGAAAAUUUUGACGUCAUUGUGUGUGCAAUAAAUAAUUUAGUUACAAAAGAUGGCAAUGUGACACACAGCAUGAAAAUCUUCUUUGGGUAUGACUUUCAACAUGCAAUCCAGGAUCUUCUUGGGUUGUAUGUUGAAGCUGGUGAUAAAGCAAAGUGCACUGAGUUGCAAAAGCUACAAAAAUGCUGGAAAAUGCAUUGGAAAACUACUUUCAAGAGCUCACAGCUUGCACUUAAAAGGAAGCGAUCUGAAGCUCUCAGCAGCCCCAAGAAUCUCAUUACUAAAGAAACUUUACAGAAACUGCAAAAUUUUUCCAAUGAACAAAUUCAGAAGCAUCAGCAAUGUGGAUUUCCACCUGAAAAUUUUGUUGAGGUCAGAAAUGCUGUUUACACUUGCCUUGUGCUCCAUAAUGCUAAUCAUGCAAAUAAAAUCAGUAGCUUGAAAGUCUCAGAUGUUGAGGAUGCCUUGAGUGGAGAAAGUCUACAAGAUGAUGACUCUAGAAGACAUUUUGUCUGUCGCAUUCUGGGAAAGGAGACAUCAAAUUCGAUCAGUAUUCUAGUCCCCGUUGAACUCCAAGAAUCUAUUAGCUUCCUGAUCAACAAGGAUAAAAGGAAGAUGGCUGGGAUUUGCGGAGAUAAUGUAUUUUGCUUUCCGUCACUGCACAACUCUUGCAAACAUGUUCAAGAUAAUAACAUCCUGACAAUAAUGUCUUCUAAUGCGGGAACCAAGGUUAAUAUCACCCAAAUUCGUCACGUCCUGUCUCCAGCUACUGAAGCAGAAGAUAACACUAACAAUGAAACCUUAAGGCUGCGCAACAAGAGGCAACCUGAACCGGAUAAUGAACAGGAGUUUGACGACCUCUCCAGUGAUCGCUGGUCCAACACAGAUCAGGCGCUACUUGACCAAAGCAACAUCUCUGGAGCCAACAUCUCUGAGACAUCCCCGACAACUCCUUGCACUGCACGUGGUCUUCGUUACAAGAAGCGGUUCAAGCGAGAUGAAUAAUGAGGUUAUUUCCAUCUGUAAAUACGGAUGCAGAUAAAUGAUGCGGAAGAAGCGUUACAGACGGGGGGAAAGAAGGCAUCAAUCAUGGCUGCGCACCACAAUCAUCUACGCGUACUGAGCCGUCCGACCGCAUAGAAGUUGAUGGAGAAGGCAAUGCCCUUCAUUUUAUUGAUAAGUCGUGGGCUAUGAAAUGGAAAUAUAAGUUUAUAAAUUCAUUUAGUAAACGGUACAACAGUGCCCUCGCGAGUGUGAGAGGUCUCUUAGCUGCAAAUAUUUUUUGGUUAACAUUUUCAUCACAAUUGUUUUGUUUUCGCCAACAGUAGUACAUAGCUACACACAAACGUCAUUCAUUUUAUUGAUAAGUUGUAGGUUGUGAAACGGAAUUAUAAGUUUAUAAAUUCAUUUAGUAAACGGUACAACAGUGCCCUCAUGAGUGUGAGAGGUCUCUUAGCUGCAAUUUUUUUUUUUUGUUAGAAAUUUCAUCACAAUUGUUUUGUUUUCGUUAACGGAAAUUCAUACCUACUAACAUUUAGUACUAACAUACACACCUAGUUAAUGCUUGAAUUUAGUUGUUACUAUCACUAGCUUGAGGUGGUCGUUGUUGCUUUCUGCCAGUCAUGUGCCGUUGCUUAUGACCUUAUGAUGAGUUCGGGACUUCCUAGUCCCCGGUCACGCUGAUGCGCCGCCUUCGUCGUCCUCCGUCUCCGAGUCGUCGCUAGGCAGCACAAUAGACAAUGCUCGGUCCACUCCUGCAUGGCCGCGACGCUCGUAUAGGAUUUUGGUCGGAGUAGCGUGGUAUCUUGUCGGUUGUUAUUUUUUGUAUCUUAAAAGAGCAAGUAUUCAUUCAAGCUUCCUUUGUGACGUUCUUGUUUAAUGCAGUUAUGCGGAAUUAUUUUUACUGGAAAAACACAUAUUAUUUUUACUGUAAAACCACGAAUUAUUUCUACUUGAAAAUCACGAGUUAUUUUUACUGUAAAACCACGAAUUAUUUUUACUGGAAAACACGUGUUAUUUUUACUGUAUAACCAUGAAUUAUUUUUACUGGAAAAACACGCUUGUUUUAUA